AUAAUAAUGAAUGUUCUCAAAACAAACACAGCAGGACUCCUGCGGCCAACAGCUGAUCCUGUGGUGCGCAUCAGAAGAGGAAAAACGCGCCUUUUGUCGUGUUUGGAUGAAAUGGAAACGUUGGAAGUUUCCCAAACAGUUUGUUUAAUAUGUGUGGAUUUAUGGAUCAAGUGGGAAAUCCUCAGCCAGGAGAAACUCUGAACAAGUUUCUGUGCCCGCAGACAGGCGCUUCAGGAACAAGCAGGAAAAGCUGCGCGUUUCUCCACCCGAGCGGCGCGUCGGGCUCUCGGGACGCACGGAGCGGAGCAUGGCGGCCGCCACGAGCAGCGGCGCAUCCACGGCCGCGCUGCAGAUCCGGCACCUCGGCGUGGAGCAGACGCGGAAACGCAUAGACCCGAAGCGGAGGCAGGCAGCGCUGUCCUUCCUCAGCAACAUCUCCUUGGACGGCCGCCCCGUGCAGGACGACGCGGAGAACCCGGAGCGGGAGGACGAGGCGCUGGAAGCCAGGACUAGUGUCGGCGCGGCGUCCCCGGAGCGCGCGGCGGCGCACGGAGCCGCCACGGCCGCGCAGGCGCUGGCUUUGGCCAACCAGGCGCUGCUCGCCUCUCCGGGUCUCCCUGCUACCCCGGCGGGCGCGGACGCAGAGGCGGACCCCUCCACCCCCUCCACCUUUAACUCCCCGUUCUCCGCGCUCCCAGCCGCGACCAGGGGGAGGCUGCAGACCUACACUCAGGGAAUCAUACCGGCCCCCUACUCCAGGCAGUUCUCCCCCAACUACUGCCCGGAGAUCGGACAGAUAGAGCAGCAGAGGUCAAGGCGAAGACUCAUCUCUCAGCGCUCUUCACUUGAGACUCUGGAGGACAUCGAGGAGAACGCUCCUCUGCGCAGAUGCCGAACCCUGUCCGGCUCUCCCCGACCAAAGAGCUUCAAGAAGAUCCACUUCAUCAAGAACAUGAGGCAGCACGACAUGCGCAAUGGAAGGAUAGUCCUUAUCAGUGGCAGAAGAUCCUUCUAUAGUGUAUUUUCUGUGCUGCCCUAUCGAGAUUGUAGCCAAGCGGGGGACGUGAAGGUGGAAGGACGCCAGCGCCACCCGUCCGGAGGCGUCAGUGCCAAAGAGAUGGUGAUCGGGCUGGAGGGCGUGGAGCUGGGAGCAGACGGGAAGACGGUUUCCUACACCCAGUUCCUGUACCCGACCAACGCUCUGGGCGGCCGGAGGAACACCAUCGACUCCACCUCCUCCUUCGUCCAGUCUCGGAACGCCAGCCAUCGCAGCCUCAGUCUGGGCCGGGCCAACAGCAACCAGAGCAGCUUGGACGCAGGAAACGACUUGGGAGACUUCCGGGAAUACGAUCCCAACCUGCUGGACGACCCUCAGUGGCCUUGUGGGAAACACAAACGGGUCCUGAUCUUCCCGUCGUACAUGACGACGGUCAUCGAAUACGUCAAACCGUUUGACCUGAAGAAGGACAUGAAUGAAACUUUCAAGGAGAAGUUUCCACACAUCAGACUCACCCUCAGCAAGAUCCGCAGUCUGAAGAGGGAGAUCAGGAAGCUGGCUCAGGACGAAUGUGGCUACGAGGAGCCGACUGUUGCCAUGGCGUUUGUCUACUUUGAGAAACUGGUUCUUCAGGGCAAACUGAACAAGCAGAACCGUAAGCUGUGCGCCGGCGCCUGCGUCCUUUUGGCAGCCAAGAUCGGCGGGGAUCUGAAAAAACAGGACGUUAAGCUCCUUAUCGAUAAACUGGAGGAGAAGUUCCGACUGAACCGCCGGGAGCUGAUAGCCUUCGAGUUUCCCGUCUUGGUGGCUCUGGAGUUCAACCUGCACCUGCCGGAGCACGAAGUCAUGCCUCACUACAGACGGCUGCUGCAGGCCUCUUAGCACAGGUGUCCCGUCAGGAGGACGGGCUCCGCCCCCUCCUGAUACCUGUCUCCAGCCCGUCGUCACUACAAACCCCUUCUGUCUGAGCUGCAGACGGCCAAAGGAAUCAUGGGACGUUUAAUUCCAAAAGCUGUCAGCAAGAAGUCUGCUCUGCAUGUCUGUACUUUCUUUAUGGUUUCUCCUCCAGUUGUUAAGAAAUCGUUUUUCUUUGAAUCACAUUUGACUUUUAAACUUUGCUGUUAUUGGUUUUUUACUUGCUCAAGAUUUUAACAAAAGACUGUUAUUCAUCCGCUUUGCUUAAGUCCUAAAAAAGUGCACUUUUUCCAAAAGUGGGAAGUUGUUUCUUUUUUCUAAACCUGAAAAAGGAACUUGUAACGUGCCGGAUGAACCUGUUCGGGUUGACCUUUGACUUUACUGCUCAGAUCUGUAUGGAGAGAAAUAAGUAUCACCCCGAUUUAUGCGAACAUAAAUCUUGUUUCAUGCGCGCGUAAUUUUUUAAUUCAUACGCACAUAAUUCUUGAUUUAUACGCGCGUAAUUCUUGAUUUAUACGCACAUAAUUCUUGAUUUAUACGCGCAUAAUUAUUGAUUUAUGCGAGCGUAAAUCUUGGUUCAUGCGCGCGGAAUAUUUUAAUUCAUGCGCACGUAAAUCUUGAUUCAUGCGUGCUUAAUUUUUUAAUUCGUACGCGCGUAAUUCUUGAUUCAUGCGCGUGUAAUUUUUUAUUUAUGCGCGUGUAAUUUUGUAUUUAUACGCACAUAAUUCUUGAUUUAUACGCACAUAAUUCUUGAUUUAUGCGCGUGUAAAUCUUGUUUCAUGCGCGCGUAAUUUUUUAAUUCAUACGCGCAUAAUUCUUGAUUUAUGCGAGCGUAAAUCUUGAUUCAUGUGCGCGGAAUUUUUGGUUCAUGCGCGCGGAAUAUUUUAAUUCAUUUGCGCGUAAAUCUUGAUUCAUGCGUGCUUAAUUUUUUAAUUCGUACGCGCAUAAUUCUUGAUUCAUGCGCGUGUAAUUUUUUAUUUAUGCAUGCAGAAUUUUUGAUUUAUGCAAACGGACUUUUUGAUUCAUGCGUGUGUAAUUUUAUAUCUAUGCGCGCGUAAGUUUUGAUUCAUGCACACGUAAGUCUUCAUUUAUGCGUGAGUAAUUCUUGAUUGGUAACUCAUAUAAUAUGUUUUGUGCAUAAUUACAAAAAAAAAAAAAAAUACAAAGUGAAAUUUACACAACUUAAAAUUACAACAGCUUGAAACCACUUACACAUGCAAACCUUUAAAAAUCACACAUGAAACCUCAGUUCCACACAAAUCUGUGGUGAGACUCUUUUCACGUCUCACAUUCAUCCGUGAGUGAUGCGUUUAAAUGCUACUAGAAUGCUCGGUCAUCAGAGUUUUCUCAUAAGCCGCUUUGAACUUAGAUAUCAUAUGAAUAAUAAUAAAAACAGGUGAAUAAUAUUCAGUAAAACUUGACAUUUUCUCACUGUCUUAAACAGAUGUGCCCCAUAAUUUAUACAAAAAAGUCUAAAGAGCCUGUGAGACAGGAAGUGAUCAGUUCUGGAAAAUAUUUUUCUUUUUAAAUGAAUAAAUGUCCUUAAAAUCCUUCUUUAGACUUUUUUUAUAUUAAUUAUGGGGAAUAUUUGUUUAAGAAAGUGAGAAAAUGUCAAGUUUUACUGGAGAUUAUUCACAGUUCAAAGCGUCUGAUAAGAAAACUCUGAUGACCGAGCAUUCUAGCGGUUCUUAAACGCAUCACUUAUAGAUGAAUCUCUGAGACGUGAAAAGAGUCUCUCCACAGAUUCAUACUGAGGUUUGUGUGUAAUUAGUUUCAAGAUGUUAUAAUUUUAAUUUUCUGCAUGAAUUUUUCUCCUUUUUGUAGCACACAAUGUAUUUUAUGAGUUACAAAAGUACGACUGAAGAAUACGCACGUAUAAACGGGGUGAGACUCUUUUCUCUCCACACUUUGCCUCCUGCUGUCUCUGUUCUUUUCUUCUGCCUGAUGAAAUCGUCUUAUGGACUCUCUGAGACCAGACCAGCUUGUUGAACUUCUCCUGCUCUAUGUUAGAGUGUAUAUUCAGCACAUUUAUGGUGCUUUUUUUCCUGCCUUCUUAAAGCCACCAGGCAGUGAUCAGCAGCUCUGGUUGAUUAUUUCCAGGCUUCCUUCAUGGAUGCAUCCGUUCAUGUUUUCAGUGCCGCUGACUUCUUUAAGGAGGAAACACUUCAAAACAAGGGCCUAAAAUAAGGGGAUCAGCUGUGGAUCGAAAUCUGAUUUGAACUUGAAUUUGUUUUAUUCUUUGAGAAAAAAUGAAAAAUCUUCAUUGAUACAGAAAUCAUUUGUAUUGGAGUUUAUUAAAAACUUUUAUAGCGUUUCAUACGAUCACUGGACCUUUGAAUCAGACGUCAGCCUGCGACAUGAUGCUGCUCCAAGAAUUUGAUUUGAGUGAUCACUAAUGACAAAAGCAUGAAGUGCAUAGAUGUAAAAAAAUAUUAUUUCUGUUUGCAAGCCCAAAGAUUUUGCUGUAAGAUGCACUCCGAGUUCUCUCCGGAGAAAGAUUCACGGGGAAUCCUGUUUGUAAAUAAAAAUGCUUCGCUUGUUGAAUCAAAAA